AUGGCCACCUCGUCAGUUCACUCACUUAUAUCUAACGAGAAGCUGGGUGGAAGUAUCCCGGUCGUACCUUCAUCACUGCAUAUUAUUCACCCCGUACCGCAGACCAGGUACGAAUCCGACGAAGAAGCAGAAUCAGAACUAGAUAUACCCGUUAGCCGUGAAGAUCGGUUGUUCUCACCCCCAAAUGCAGACUGCGUGAUUGUGAUAGGCAGCCGUGGGACGACAGAUCACGCUGAAAGAGGUUUCGAGUUGACCAUGCCUCUAUCCGAAGAGCAGCAGAAGAUGCAACAUCGACGACAGGGGCCAACAGAUGUUGCCAACCGUUCGUCGCUCUACACUGUCAGGCGUAUAAGUGGGUUGACACUUCUGCCACCGUUGCAGACUUCCCCUGAACAAUUGCAGCAGCAUGAACAACAGAGAAACGCCAGCAGGUCAAGAAGUCCAUCUGCAACACCACGAAACCGAACGGAGAGGCCGGCAACCAUGAUAUUCGAACAGGAGGAAUUCGAAGAUCUUGUCUACUCCGACCAUGCCUCGGAAUACGAUGCUGAUGUCUUCAAUGACAGUGACUUGGAUGAUGAUACAGACGUCGACAUCCAGGACGGAGGGCCAAUUCACGAGUCCUUCUUUGUUGCUACUCCGGUAACAUACCAUCUGCCUAAGGGUAGGCCCAGCUUGGUCUCCAUCUCCCCUCCGCCAUCACGGUCAGGUCGCUCAUCUCAGACCCAGACCCAACGGCAGAUGGAAGAGCAGAGUCCCCGAGCACAGAAGAAGCAGAAGAAGCAGAGCAGCCCGGUAUCUCUGGAACGGCCAGAUGCUGCCCUCAAGCGGAAUUCUAGCACAAGCAGCAGCAUCAAGAGGAGUCUUCAGCAUCUAAAGGUCAAGAAGAGCGAUUCACGACGGGGUUCAGCGUACAUCUCUACUGAGCCUACUCCGGUGCCACCAGUUGCUGCUAUGAAUGCAGGCACGAAUACCUCUUUCAUGUCUGCAACCUCGCCUCCUGACUCUGCAAAGUUCUUCACCGAUACCAAGAAACCAAAGCAGGCCUCCUCUGACGGUCGACGACGCUCUCUCCUCCCCAAUCAGCUACGCAGCGGAAGACGGAAUCGAAACGUGUCCGAACAGCAGACCCCUCCACCAACCGAUACUGAAGCACCACAAUCACAGAGAAGUAAUAAUAAUAUUAAUACACAGAACGAACCCGAACAAACGCAGAUCCAGGGCCAUCGACGACGAGCAACGGAGAAACUACCGUCCUUUAAUAGAGUGGCAUGGACACCUGCCUCACCUCCAACGUCUCCUGAAUAUAAUAAUUCCACACAAUCUAGUAAUAGUCACACUUCAGCGCCGCAAAAAUUGCCUGUUUCUUCAGUUUCAGAACCACCACCGACUCCUGGACUACGCAAAACAAAGACCUUGCAGGUCCCUCCCCCUAAUAAUUCACUAGAGCAACUACCUGUUCCUCGCAAUCGAGCCCGCACCCGCUCCAUCAGCAGCAUUGCCAGCAAUGCCAGCAAAUUCAGCCUCCCAGCCUUUGACAGCGCAUCCCUCAAGGCUAUUGCACAGAAGUACCAAAACCGAACGACCUCGCCAACGCCUUCAGGCACAUCCAACCUUCGACCAACUACUACUAUUCCCGACAGCGACCGCCGUCCAUCGGACUGUGGCAGUACCAUGUCCGAGCGACCGAGCGUUCCAUCAUCCCGCCACAACAAGUCCCUCCGAACAAUGUCGACCACGAACCUCAGCAUGCUUACAAGUGCACAAGACACGAUUGACGAAGACACCAUGGGCGGGCCCUACCAGAGCAAGUUCUCUAACAGCAGCCUCGGACGAAAAUCCAAGCGCUACUCGACUACCUCGAAGGCAAGCAUCAGCACCGGCCGGUCCAGCAGCACCAGUAGCAACAACAACAGCAACGGUACCAACGCACAUAUUCGAUCCAAGAGCAUCAGAUGGUUCCAGGGUACCAGCGAGAGCAUGUCUAUUGCGGGAAACAAGCUCGGCUCCAUCCUCAAGAAGAAGUCCGUGGCCUUGCCAACGACCUCUUAA